CUUAAAUCCUUAAUUAAUCACUUUGAGUCUAAACAUAUACAAAUGAAGGUGGCGGGUUCUCCGAGGCCAACGGCAGCGCCGCCGUCGAUCACCACCGCACUCUGUGCCAUUCUUCUCGUACUCACGGCGGCACCAUCGCGCGCCGCCAUCACUUGCGCCACCGUGAUUACCCUCAUGCAGCCAUGCGCUUUGUACCUAACGGGAGGGGGCUCGCCGCCCCCGCCCGUGAUGUGCUGUGCCGGAUUUAGAUCGCUGGCGGGCAUCAUAAGUUCUCCGGCGGACAAGAAGACUGCCUGCCAGUGUCUUAAGGAUGCCUCCAAACAGGUGAAAUAUGAUCUGGACCGCGCCAAGAAGCUUCCCGGCGACUGCAACGUCAACUUCCCUAUCCCUCUCUCGCCGGACGUCGACUGCAGCAAGUAUCCUCGCCGACCACUCCUUUUCUUUUCAGGCCAUUUUGUUACUUCCUUCGUCCCACAAAACAUUACCCAUUUUGAAUAGUAUUUGGUUAAAUAAUUACAUGCUUAUGCCUUGACUACAAAUUAUGAAAAAAAUAUUUUGAGUUAUAAUACAAAUUUAAUAUAAUUGGAUUUUUCUUAAGAUCUAUUUUUGAUAUAUAUCAAAUUUUUAUAACAUUUUUUAUUUAUAUUAUACUAAAUUUAUGGUCAAAAU